AUGCUAAAGAGAGCCGCGAGCAAUGUGGAGCUACACUUAGGGACAUGGCAGGGACGCGUGAAUUUUUCAGUCGCACCUAUGGACGACUUCAAAGUGGUACUCGGCAUGGACUUCCUGCGACAGGUAACUAUGCUUCCUAUGCCUUCUUUUAGUACCGUUUGCAUCUUAGAAAAGGGUUCCCCAUGCAUGGUGCCAACAAUAGAAGGAGACCACGGGAGUCCUAGCAAACAACUCUCUGCAAUGCAACUUGCCAAGGGGCAAAACGAGGUACUUCGGGACAAUGAGCUUUAUGUGAAGGAGUCCAAGUGCAUUUUUGCUCAAGAAGAAGUAAACUUCUUGGGACAUAUCUUUGGCCAUAGACGAAUCAGAAUGUCCGGGGCAAAGGUGAAGGCGAUCAUGGAGUGGGAAGCGCCAACAAAGGUAACUGAAUUACGAUCCUUCUUAGGGCUGGUCAACUAUUAUCACCGAUUCAUACAGGGCUAUUCGCCAAGGGCAGCACCUCUCACUGACCUGCUUAAGAAGGGUAAGCCGUGGGUACGGUCCGACGAGUGCCAACGAGCCUUUGACGACCUCAAGGUCGCCGUGAGCCAGGAGCCUGUCUUAGCAUUAAAUGACUUCACCAAACCCUUCGAGGUUCACACAGAUGCCUCUGACUUAACUAUUGGGGGAGUAUUGAUGUAA